AUGCCCACUAAGCUCCCCGCCACGCCGCGGCCGCGCACCUCCCCGCCGACCACGGAGCCGACCGCGCCCUCGUCCCGCUUCGCUUCCUCCACCCGCCCCCACCACCGGCCGCCUCGCCCCCGCCUCUGCCUCCGCCUCUGCCCGCGUGCGCUCGUGUGCGUUUGGGCGUGGGUCGCGGCCAGGCGGGGGGCGGUCGGCUGUUUGUGGGGGCGGAGCGGGGGACGGGGCCACGGGGGAAGCGAGGUGGGCCCGGCGGUGAGGCUACCGCCCGGCCACGGAGGUGAGGCGAGGGGUGGCCGGGUGGGGGGUGCCGUGCUGGGAGAGGCAGGCAGGUUUGGCCGGGUUGGCCCGGGCUGCGGGGUGAUUUUGACAGGCCACGUGGAAAUUGGAGAUAUUGUCUGUGAGCAGCAGGCCGUGAGGAGCUGGGAGCUUGAUGUGGUAGCGGCACCGGAAGCUGACGUCUCAACUCACAACCCGCUAGGGCAUGUCUGCUCAUUUGCUGGUGGUUGCCGUGCAGGACCAUGGAAGGAUUUUUAUGCGCUCGUGUUUGUUUCCAAGGCACAUUUUGCGGUGUUUUUUUUUCCGAUGUGCGAGGUGCUUACAAUUUCAGGUUAGUUGACAAAAACGAUUAUGUCCGGUGUCCGGUAAUAUUAUUAUGAACCCAGCCACCAGCA